GUGAUAAGUGUUUGCAAUUUUCAAUAAUCAUUUCCAAAAAGAUACCAAGACAAACAACAGGGAAGUUAUGUUGUCGACACAAUGAUCUGAUUGGGAAAUAUUGCUUAAUUCAAUAGCAUGUAUAUAAAACUAUGAACUGUGGGAGAUAUUUAAACCUCUGUAGGUCAGUGAUAAACUUAUCUGAUAAACAUACGAGUCCAUGAGGACAAUGUUUCCUAUAUACAUUAGAUAAACGACAACAGUGAUUUCAUUGAUAUAAAACAGCAUAUACAUAUACAGCAAAAAUGAACAUGACUCUUCGUGUCCUGACUUUCUUCUUCAUUGUGGGACUUUCUGUUUCCUUCGGCAAUGUCAAACUCCCUUGUACAGAGGACAUGUUCCAUAGCAACACAAAUGCAUAUUGGGCAUGCGCAGCACAGUUCGCUUUGCAGUCCAACUGGUUCCCGUCGCCUAUAGCUGGUUUGUUCAGUUACCAGAUCUGGAAUGGAUUCGAUGGUUUCUGGCAAAAUGGUGCCGUUCUUGAACCUUUCGUUAAUUUCAUGAGCUAUGCAAACCAUACCCGGUACAAAUCUGUGGUACAGAACUCUCAGCGAAGCCUCUACUCCCUAUUAGAGGCGUACGGACCGUACCCUUCAUUUGACGACAUGGGUUGGUAUGGACUCAGCUACGCGAGGAUAUAUGAGGUUUUAGGGGGAGACGACUUCCUAGAUUCGGCUGUAGAUAUCUUUAAUUGGGCUUGGGAGACUGGAUGGGACCAAAGUUCAAAAUGUAACGGAGGAUUCUUUUUCGAUAAUCUUAAAAGUUCUAAACAAACUAUAACAAACGUUGAGAUGUUCCAACUAGGAGUAAAACUAUAUCGGCUGCGGAAAGAUCCGGAUAUUCUUCAGAAAGUCCAGAAGAUACACAACUUUAUAUUCAGUAAUGAGAUUGUGGAUAUGAAGACACACUUGGUAGUAGAUGGGAUAUUUUUAGAAAACUGCACAAGUAACGGCGUUUAUGGCCCUUCAUAUAAUGGAGGAGUUUUUGUUGGCGGUCUGGUAGAAUAUUAUAAGGUCACACAAGAUAUUUAUUAUCUAGAACUUGCAAAGAAUAUUGCGGAAGCAAUCAUCGAGACAAAAUCCAACAACAGUCGCAUUCUAACGGAAUAUUGUGAUCCUAAUUGUAAUGAGGACGCAAUGAUGUUUAAAGGGAUAUUUGUGAGGAACUUAAGAUAUUUAAUGGACGCCCUGCCGCCCAAUGAUACAACAACCAGAAGUAAUUAUCAGAAAUAUUUAGACACAAAUGUCAUGGCUAUACUAGAAUUAAACGUUUGUGACAAAGAUCCUAUUUCCAAAUGCAAUAUAACUUUCCAGGACGGCCCCCCAUUUUAUAAUGUGUCAGGUCCAGUUUUUUCACCAAACUGGAAUGGCCCUUUCACAGUCGGAGCACCCAUGCAGCAAACAUCAGCUGUUGACCUUUUAGUAUCCAGCAUCUACCCUGGCACCACAUGUGUCGGUGAACUUUGUUCAUAUGACCCGUCCUAUCCGCCACCACAACCUCUUACCUGUGGGAGUCAUCCGUGCCCGAAUGAUGAGGAGUGUUGUGAAUACAGCCCCUAUACGUCCUACACCUGCUGUGCUAAGGGUCAGAAAUGUAGCAAACAAGGCAUCUGUGUAUAGUACCAAGCGGAAAUUGAUUCAAAGUGUAUUUGGUCUGUGGAAACUUUAAAAGAAAACAGGAAAAAUGUGUUUUAAUUAGAAAAUGGCAUUGGUAAAAUGUUACUUGGUGUCUUCAGUAGGCAACUUCCACAUGUUCUUUAAUAAACACUAUUGUAACCAUUACAAUACCAGAUCAGAUGGUGGCUAAUAAAUGAGAAUAAUGACCACGGGAAAUCAUCCAUUUAUUCAAUCAUUUCAUUCAUUCAUUCAUUUCAUUCAUUCAUUCAUUUCAUUCGUUCAUUCCUUGAAUAAAAUAUAUAUUGCAGUUGUAGAUGUGAAUAUUUAAACCCUAGAUAUAUAAAGGAAUUGUAAAUUUUUGCACCGUACAUGGAAUACCAGUUAGAGUUACCUACCUUUAUUCAUAAUGAAAAAGGAAAAUAUACAAUGUAGUCAUCAUUGUUUAAUAUGUAUUCAGUAUUAAGUAUAAUUAAUCUGUUAAAAUUAAUAAUCGAUAAUAAAGUUAUGGUAAAAUAUAUGCUAGUUAUUCUGGUACUAUGCAGUGAUUCUUGGGGGAUUAUUGAAGCCACAGAUGUCGACCAUGAACAUUUUUGUACCAUGUAUAUGUAAAACGAUGUAGACUAAUUUAUAAAACAAAACGAGUCAAGUAAAUUUGCCACGAUUUGACAGCUAGUACUCUGUACCGUCAUCAACUAAUUUCUAGUAAAAUGUAGAUACACUUUGCCAAUGUAAGAUAUAACAUUAACAUGGGCAGGACGUUUGAUUAUUUCGAGAAACAAAUGCAUUUGAAUAAAGACAAGCAACGAGAUAGUAUGUUUUAAGCAUUUUUACUUGUUGUUGUAUCCUAUACGCCUACAUGGCAUUUUUUUUAAAGUAAUAGUACAUGUAUAGAAUAUAAGUUCAUUUGAUGUUUAACAUACUUUGGAACUCUAUCGAAUACCAUAAUAAAUAGAUAUAUUGCGAUUACGCGAGUUUAUGAAAAUAGUUGUUUUUAUUCAAAAUAUUCGUAUGUAUUUUAUGAUUCAAACCAGUCGAUUUGAUAGAAGAUCGUAAUUGAGAACAGGUUAACGCUCUCGAUCACGGAGCUAUGGCAAGUAAAUCCAAAGGUCAAAUUCGUUGUAUGACCUUUAUAAAUGACCUAUCGUGACAUCAUCAAACAAUAAUGAUUAGACGCUAGUCACAGGUCUUAUAAUUGUUUGACGUCAUAAUAAACAUGUCAAGUUCUUUCUGAAUAUGAUAAUGCAGCGAGUCUAGAGUUAAAACAACUUAAAAAUAAAAUAUUGAAGUAAUUACUAAUGUAUGAUUUUCUAUGUUGCAUUUGUAUAUAAAGUGAAUAGGUAAAAUGUUAGUGAAUUCCUUUCUUUUUUCUUACAUGCGAUGAGCUGUUUCAACCAAAAAUGCUUAUAAACUUGAUAAAAUGAUAAUCUUUGUUUAACUAUCUAUAUCAAAUAACAAGCUACAUAUCUCUAAUUGAAAACAUUUCUGAACUCCUUUAUACUCUGAAAACUCAGACGCCUCAAUUAUUAGUUCCAUAUACAAACUAUAUGUAUACACAUAAAAACAUGGCAAGAUUGUACUUUGUAGAAAUUCGACAAAGCCACUCUCAGUAUUUCAGAGAUGUACAUAUAUGCAGUAAUUCGUGAGUUUAAUGUUUAUGAUAAAGUAAGUGAUGGUGGAACAAUUAUUUUUUCAAACAGAUGCCGAUGGAAACAUUUAAAUACAGUACAUGUAAAUUGUAACAAUAUAAACUAUAGCUCAACUUUCACAAACGACUAAUCCUAUCAAAAUAGAAUAGAAUAGAAUAGAAUUUAUUACACUUUUUAUUUAAAACAGCUAUGGUUCGUCAACAUGAUAUAUACUAUAUAGAAUAGUGCUUUAUUACAUUUACAACUAAAUACAUUCUGCUUUGCAAAAACUCUUCUCUGCAUUUUUACUCUCAAUGCCGCACAAUUGGAUAUCAUUUGUAUACUAUAUAUACAAUUGUAAGUUUGACAAUGUGAUAGAAUGACGUCACGACCUUUUUAUAAAAUAAUGUCACCUUCGAAAUAAAAUGACGUUACACUUUUAUUAAAAAAUGAUGUCAAACCUUUAUAAUGAAAUGACGUCACACUCUUACAGCAAAAUCAUGUCACACUUUCAUGAUUAAAUGACGUUUCGUCCUUAUUAUAAAAUUAUAUCUCACCUUUAAAUUAAAAUGACGUCCUACACUUUCCCUAUAAUUAGAUACGAUUUUAUGUAAAUUUAUGUUAAAAUGAGUAGAUCGUAGUAAAGAGGAAACGCGUGUGAUUUGGAAUUUAGUGGUAUGAUCAAAAAGUAAAAAAAUAAUGAUAUAUAUAAAUACACAAAUGGGUAUAUCAACCUGAAAAUUAAAAAAAAA